CAUCCGGUUUCGACGGGAAUUCCCGGAGGGAAAGUGGCAAAAAAUAACGUGUUUGGACCGCAGACUGAUCUCGCUCCCUCCCAUCUUUGAGGACAUGUAUUUCAUUUGCUAAAGUGGUUACUCGAAUAUCUUGUCAAUAUAACAGACAGUCUUUGUCAUAAACCAGUGUUGGACUUGGCCGAGCAUCUACGCCACACACCUUUCUUCCCCUACUCGCACCAGGAUCAGUGCUGAACGCUCGGCUCGGGAGAAUCAAGCGAGCUAAACACGGCUUCCAUUGCCGUGGUAGCCCCACUCCGUCUAGCUGAACUACUAGUAAAUAACUACAGUGGGUUACCUCUUCGGCGUUACUUCAUGGGUACGGUGUCGCGGCCGUUCAUAGGCAAGCUAGCUAGCAGUAUCAUCCCUCCAGCGCUAGCUAGUAGCCUGCUAACGUUAGCAGCUCAGUGUUGAUUCCUUUGACUCCAUCUACCGCUGACACUGGUGCAAAUGAGUGAACCGGGGAAGAGUUUGCUUUCUUCCCCUACUUCUUCAGGGGGGCAACCUGUGGGGUCUGACACCUACAAAGGCUGGCUGUAUAAAUGGACUAACUACUUGAAGGGCUACCAACGCCGGUGGUUUGUCCUUAGCAACGGCCUUCUGUCAUAUUACAGGACUGCCGCUGACUGGAUGAUGUUUGUUUGUCGCACACUGCCGUGCGUGAAAAGCACAGGAGCCCGGCCGUUUCUGAGAUACUGGAAUCAGCGCGCAUGGCACCGACGAUCAUACCACGCUCUGUCGCUUAGGUCACUCGUUUUGCCCAUUCUAGCCAUACUGUUCACAUUUUUUGUGAGCAGGAUGGUGUAACUAAUAAACUGACCAAUGAGUCUAUAUUUAUGGUUGCAUAUAUGAUGACAUUUGCACAUUUCAUGUAGAUAAUUGUUAUAGAUGAAGCUGUGAAUAAUAUUUUAGGUGAGAUUCAUAUUGGAAGAGCUUUUUUUUUGUGGGUGGGGGGUUAUUUUACAGGAAUGACUGUCAGCGCGUACGACACUGCAUAUCUAUGUAGCAACCUACGAGACCCACCUAGGUCGUUACAUUUCUUUAUGAUGUCUGACAUGUUUUAUCUGAUGCUUUUAGAACGUGUGGUCCUCUAAUUCAGUAACGGCCUUCACAGUUGCUAGGCACAGUUCCCUAAAACCAGUUAAGAGGGAUGUCAGCCAGACUGUUAUGCACUCAUUGUGAGGUAUUUGUCAGAGGUGUGUGUGUGGACACACUUGGACAUCACCACUUUCCCCGGCUGACCUACAGGGUUUGAUGGGAAUGCAUGACUGCUCUGCCAUGUGUGUUUAUGUAACUGAACUCUUGAGUACCAGCACAGAAUAAAGAGUUAAAUGCCCUGGCAUAACCAACACAUGCACAUUGCACUGACAUGCACACACAAAUACACUGCCAAGCACUCACAUCAGCUAUGCUCAAGUAGGUGCAGGUGUAACAAACCAUGAGAUACUGUACUCCUAUGAAAUAUAAAUAAUUGCAUGUGUGUGUGGCUGAAUUUGUGUGGUGUGCAUGUGUGUGUGCCGUGUUGUGGCAUUUCUGUCUCUGUAGAACUAGAUUUAGUCAGCAGACUCUUCCCUUGUCUCUGUGUGUGUACGUGUGUUGGUGUGUGUGCGUCUCUGUGCAUUAGGACUCAGGCAGAGAUGGCCCACACUUGCCGUGGCACCAUCUCCCUGACCACGGCACACAUUGAAGUGGGUGACGCGUGCCACCUGGUGCUAACCAGCGGAGGGCGGAGCUACCACCUGAAGGCCACCUCAGAUGGGGAGAGUCAGCGCUGGGUCUCUGCCCUCCAACAGGCUAAGGCCAACGCCAGUCACAUGAUGCACCAAUCAGCAUGGGAGUCCUUCACUGUUGUCUGGCGCUCCAAGGAUGCUCUGCCUGACACUGGCCUUGAGUCAGACAACCUGCCUGGGAGAUGGUAGCUUAUAUAUGCAUGCAUGUCACAUGAAGCAGGCAAAUGCAGAAGCUGAUGGAUUUGGCCCAGAUCUGUGUUUUUACGAUGACUCUGGAGACGAGGCCCCUGUGCCCCAGCCUGACCGAGCCCUGACCCAGGGGGCUCUGAAGACCCUGGCCAGUAAGCUGGACGACCUGAGCACCUGCAACGAGCUAAUCGGCAAGCACGGCGCCGCCCUGCAGCGAUCCCUCAGCGAGCUCGAGGACCUGCGCACGGCCACUGACGGCACCGACAAACUCAAGACUGUCAACGAGCGUGCCACACUCUUCCGCAUCACCUCCAAUGCUAUGAUCAAUGCCUGUAGGGACUUCCUGGACGUAGCAGAGACACACAGCCGGAGGUGGCAGAGAGCCCUGCAGUAUGAGAGAGAACAGCGCCACCACCUGGAGGAGACUAUUGAACAGCUAGCCAAGCAGCACAACAGCCUGGAGAGGGCCUGGAGAGAGGCUCCCAGCACACACCCAGACGGAGGUGAGAGAACGCAGGAGGGUGACGCCAGUGAUGAGAAUGAAGACACAGAGUUCUUUGAUGCCAUGGAGGACUCCCCUGCCUUCAUCACAGUGACUGCCUCUGACCACACCCAGCACAGACGCUCCGGCAGUAACCAGAGUAUCAUGAGUGGAGGAUUACCCAAUAGUGAAUGGAGCCACAAUGAGAAUGACUCUGGCUCCAACAACGUCCAGCUGCGUAGAGUUAGACGGAGCCGCAUCCCAAACAAACCCAACUACUCCCUCAACCUGUGGAGCAUCAUGAAGAACUGCAUCGGCAAGGAGCUGUCCAAGAUCCCCAUGCCUGUAAACUUCAACGAGCCCCUGUCGAUGCUGCAGCGUCUAACUGAGGAUCUAGAAUACAGUGACCUGCUGGACCGGGCGUCUCGCUGCGAAUCGUCUCUGGAGCAGAUGUGCCUUGUGGCAGCCUUCUCUGUGUCCUCCUACUCCACCACCAUCCACCGCACUGCCAAGCCCUUCAACCCCCUGCUGGGGGAGACCUAUGAGCUGGACCGGCUGGAUGACUUCGGCUACCGCUCCAUCUGCGAACAGGUCAGUCACCACCCCCCAGCCGCCGCCCACCAUGUGACGUCACAACGAGGCUGGACCCUGUGGCAGGAGAUCACUAUCGACAGCAAGUUCAGAGGGAAAUACAUCUCUGUAAUGCCAUUAGGCUGCAUCCACCUGCAGUUCCACUCCAGUGGGAAUCACUAUGUGUGGGGAAAAGUCACCUCCACGGUGCACAACAUCAUAGUGGGCAAACUGUGGAUUGACCAGUCUGGGGACAUUGAAAUAGUCAACCACAGGACCAAGGACACCUGCCACCUCAAGUUUGUCCCUUACAGUUAUUUCUCCAGAGACCUCUCACGCAAGGUGACAGGUGUUGUAGCAGAUAGCGAGGGCACGGCCCAUCACAUUAUGUCUGGGACCUGGGACGACAAGAUGGAGAGCGCCAAGAUAGUGGAGAGUAGCCGGGGAUGUGGAGGGUCAGAGGGCAAACAGAAGACCCUCUAUCAGACCCUCCAGCCCAAAGUGCUGUGGAAGAAAUACACUCUCCCGGAGAAUUCUGAGAACAUGCACUUCUUCUCCUCCCUGGCCCUGACACUGAACGAGCCUGAGGAGGGCGUGGCUCCGACUGACAGCCGCCUGAGGCCCGACCAACGGCUGAUGGAGGCGGGGCUGUGGGACGAGGCCAACGCCCACAAACAGCGUCUGGAGGAACGACAGAGGCUGGAGAGGAAGAAGAGGGAGGCACAAGCAACACAGGUCCUGGAAGAAGGCCAAGACAUCGAGGGCUUCCAGCCACUGUGGUUUGAGAGGAGGACAGAUGAUUCAACGGGGGAGAGCACUUACGUGUACAGAGGUGGAUACUGGGAGGCCAAAGACAAACAGGACUGGAGCCAAUGCCCUGAGAUCUUCUAAGGCUCCACCCCUGGGACUGUGACAUCACUGGAGGGCAGAGCUGAGGGACUGAUGGACAAGCAGAGGGAGGGGUCCACAUGCUGCAAACACAUUGACAUGUGGCCAACUCUUUGUCCAUGUGUGUGUAUUUGUGUGUGUUCCAGAAAGACGGAGCCCUCCAUGCCAAACUUCAAGAACAUUCUCUGUCCCCAUCACUGACCAGUGUGUUUCGCAAGCAUGGCCUCGUGUGUGUGUGUGUGUGUGUGUGUGUGUGUGUGUGUGUGUGUGUGUGUGUGUGUGUGUGUGCGCGCGCGUGCGUGCGUGGCGCAACAGAGUAAGUUAGAGAGACAAUCUAUUUGAGAUUUUGAUUAAGAGUUACAAAACAGAGCUAUUGCAUGGAAACCCAUAUUUAUUUGAGGUGGUAUGUCUAGUGGUGCCUGGUGCCCCAUUGAUCUGGUAAUAAGGUAAUAACUACCGUAAGUGUAUAAUAUUAUAGAAUAAUAUUGGGACAAUUGUAUGGAUAAGUAGGGGGGAAAGUGAAAGAGGUUGUGUUUUGGUUCUAGGAUGUCCUGUUCCAGUCUGAGCAACUAUCUCCAAUAUAUACCAAGGGUACAAAACAUUAGGAACACCUUCUUAAUAUUGAGUUGCACCACCUGCUGCCCUCAGAACAGCGUCAAUUCGUUGGGGCAUGGACUACAAUGUGUCAAGCGUUCCACAGGGAUGCUGGCUCAUGUUGACUCCAAUGCUUCCCACAGUUGAGUCAAGUUGGCUGGAUGUCCUUUGGGUGGUGGACCAUUCUUGAUACACACAGGAAACUGUUAAGCAUGAAAAACCCAGCAGCAUUGCAGUUCUUGACACACGCAAACCGGUGUGACUGGCACCUACUACCAUACCCUGUUCAAAGACGCUUACAUAUUUUGUCUUGCACAAUCACCCUCUGAAUGGCACACAUACACAAACUGUGUCUCAAGGCUUGAAAAUCCUCCUUUAACCUGUCUCCUCUCUUCCAGCUACACUGAUUUGAAGCAGAUUAUUUUUAGGUGACAGCAAUAAGGGAUCAAAGCUUUCACCUGGAUGCCGUGUCAUGGAAAGAGCAGGUGUUCCUAAUGUUUUGAAUACUUUACAUAUCUAUAUGUAACUAUGCAUAUCUAUAUGUAACAUUGUGCAGUGCCAGUGUUUCCUUCCGUUGCGACAGUUAGGCACUCCCCAGAUUUGUAACUUAACAGUGCAUUUCUGCAGUGCAUGAAAACACCCAUGUAGUGGACGCUGAUAUCACUGAAUACUUUUGAUCUGUACAGACCUCAUCUCAGAAACCAAGAACUAAAGUCUUUACCAGUUAUGUUACAUGCGUCUUUCCAUGAACGAUUAGUACAGACCAAAAACUGAAUGGGAAUUUUGAGUAUGUAAGAAGCUACUCACGAUUAUGAUCAUUCGUAAACGAUAUCAAUUGUGUUCUAAUGUCUUGAUUUCUCAAAUGUUGAUGAGGGUGCAUUAUGAACAGACAAAAUGUUAAAUCUUAACAAAUGAUUCCACCCUUUGCAAUGAAAUGUUUCAAUGUCUUAUAUAUUUUUUUAAAUAUUAAGAAAUCGUCUGAAUUAUACUAUAGGAUGUGUAAUGUCGAGUUGCACAGUGCAAAGGAGGUGUGUACUCCAAUUAUUACACAUCUUUGUGUUUGACUGCAGGCAUUUAAACAUGCACCAUCAAUGAACUCAGACCAGUGUUGUGGCACCACUUGUAGCUAAUGCAUGGUUUAAUGUGCUCAUGCACUGCUGCCUAGUAUUAAUUAGGCGUUAGCCUCAAUAGUCGUUUCUAGACUUCACUCACAGAAGAACAUCGUGAGAAUUCACCUCUUGUGCCCUAGGUCUUCGAAAAUUUACUUUUUUUUGCUUGAACAAACAAACUGUCUCAAUGUGGUCUUUGUAAACAUCCACAGUAUUAUCAGAGAUGGUCUAUAAUGUAGUAACCAGCUUUGGUGUCAUGCAGUUCUCAACUCAAGACAUAGAUGAAAAAUAAAUUAGACAAGUUGAAGACUCAAGCCAAGAGGAGAUUUCCCCUGGGACAGUCUGUCUGAUCUGGGCUAGCCGGUCUGAUGGGGCUGCACACUCCACAUUACUCGUUUGAUGUCAUCUUGGCUCUAGCACACAUGUAUUCAAGGUACCACUCAAUAAAAGCAAUUCAAUCUAA